UCAAUUAUCGUCACUGUUUUUUUCUUUUUCUGAUAUUCCUAAACCUCUGAUCUUGUCUGUUCCAUUUGUCAUCCAUAGAUUCCACCACGACACUCUGAUACGAUGAAUCUAAAGAUGGCGUCUUUAUCGAAAUGGGUAUUCUUGUCCAUCUUCUUCCUGUCCAUAAACCGCUCCGUUUCCGACCCGAGAGCGUCGGAGUUGGCUCUGAUAUGCACAAACAGAACCGCGCCGCAAUCUCAGCGCCAGUCAUACGUUGUCAACUUCGUGGCCGCCCUGGACGCCCUGACGCCGCUCGUGGACUCGAAGAAAUACGGGGAAACGGUGAUCGGAGCUGGGAACGCGACGGUUUACGCGUUCGGGGAGUGCAUGAGGGACUUAUCCCAGACGGAUUGUAAUCUCUGCUUUGCCCAGAUUAAGACCCAGAUUUUGCGGUGCUUGCCGUUCCAGCGUCUGGUGCGCGGCGGCCGGCUGUUUUACGACGGGUGUUUCGUGAGGUACGAUGAUUAUGUGUUUUUUAAUGAAAGCUUGAGUCUUUCGGAUAGGACGGUGUGUGGGUCGGAGGAUUUUGGGGGGAAUUCGAGGUUGUUGCGGCGGAAUGCGGCGGCGUUGGUGGGAGAAUUGGGGCGGAAAGCGGCGGCGAAUGAUGGGUUUUUCACGGCGGCUGUUGGGAAUGGGAAUUCGACGGUGUAUGGGCUGGCGCAGUGCUGGGAGUUUGUGCGGGGAAAGUCGUGCGAGGAGUGCUUGGCCGCCGCGGUUUCCGAGAUUGGUUCUUGUCUUCCUAAGGAAGAAGGGAGGGUGUUGAAUGCUGGGUGUUAUAUGAGGUAUUCGACAAAGAAAUUCUAUGAUAAUUCCACCAUUCCUGCGACGAAUCAAAGUGGAAGAUCCUCAUCCAAUCACUUGCCAGUGAUUCUGGCGACGACGCUUGGUUUUGUUGCUUUCCUCCUUAUCCUAGGAUCUGUUGCUUUCAUUGUUAGGAAGAGGAUUGUGAAACAGAGGAAAGAAAGAAAGCAGCUUGGUGCUAUGCUGGUAACGGUUAACAAAUCGAAACUCAACUUUUCUUAUGAAACGCUUGAGAGGGCAACAAAUUACUUUGAUGAUUCGAAUAAAUUGGGACAGGGAGGAUCUGGUUGUGUAUACAAAGGGGUUUUGCCGGAUGGCCAAGCAGUGGCGAUAAAGAGGCUUUUCUUCAACACGACACAGUGGGUGGAUCAUUUCUUCAACGAGGUUAACCUGAUCAGCGGCAUCCAUCACAAGAACCUGGUGAAGCUGCUAGGCUGCAGCAUUACAGGGCCCGAAAGUCUCCUCGUCUAUGAAUUUGUACCCAACCAAAGCCUUUAUGACUACACCUCGGCCAGAAAGAACCUCCCACCUUUGAGUUGGGAGCAAAGGUACAAAAUCAUAUUGGGCACGGCUGAGGGUUUGGCUUAUCUCCACGAAGAAACCGAGCUAUGUAUCAUUCACCGAGACAUAAAACUAAGCAAUGUGCUUCUAGACGAGGACUUCACACCAAAAAUUGCCGAUUUUGGUCUUGUGCGACUUUUCCCCGAGGAUAAGAGCCAUAUUAGCACAGCCGUGGCUGGCACACUUGGUUACAUGGCUCCCGAAUAUGUGGUUCAAGGGAAAUUGACUGAGAAAGCUGAUGUCUAUAGUUUCGGGGUUCUAGUCAUUGAAGUUGUCUCGGGAAAGAAGAAUAGCUCGUUUUAUCAGACUUCUGUUUCUCUCCUGCAACAGCAUUGGAACCUGUUUCGUGCUGGAAAACUGUAUGAAGCAGUGGAUGCUUCUCUGGAAGAAAGCACUCGAGAGGAAGCGACGAGGCAGCUUCAAAUAGGCCUAGUUUGUGUGCAGGCCUCACCCGAGCUACGCCCCUCCAUGUCUGCUGUUGUGAAGAUGAUCAGUGGCGAGCAAGACAUUCCGGAGCCAACACAGCCACCUUUCCUCACAUCCAACAGCGCCACAGGAUCCAGCAGCUCGUACCCUAAGCGUGGCGUCGUUACACCUUACUCUCAGCCCGCUUCGUCCACCCAAUCCUCGGUUAACACCAUGACAGAAAGCUGGAUUGAGCCCAGAUGACGUUUCCUAGGCUUUUAGCGUCUUGUUCGUAGACGCACGCCUAUGACAUCAUUCGAUCUCAAUCAUGAGAGCUCCACUUUGACUAAUGACUAGCUAGCAUUUUCACCUUCCACUUCAGACUUAGUCAAGCAGCUAUAGUUUACUCAGGUCAGCUCGACAUCGACUCAAUUUCGGCUUCCACUUGUGCUCCAUGAUCCAUGAACACGUUUUAGAUAGAUAAUCAUAAGUUUGGGAAUUGAAAAUUGCAAGUUGCUGCUUGCACCCUCCCAAUUGUGUAGGGGCUCUGUCUAUAUUAUAUUGUUGUUUAAUAUUCCAAUAUGCAUAGUGGCUGCAUGUUCGUAACACUUUUGAAAGCAAUAUCUGGCAUAUAAUCUCAAUUUCUAUUCUAUUUGAAGGAAAAA